GUCCCCGGCGUCGACACGGCACCCACGAGCGGCAGACGGCAGGUGUUCCCGCGCCCACGCACGCCCGCUCCUCAGGGAGAGCCUCGCAACCAUGAAGCUGUCAGUGAUAUUCGAGCUGCUGCUCAUCUUCAUACUCAUAGCUUUCGCCUUUUCGAAGUCAAUAGAGCCCGGCGCGCAGCAGAGGAAGGUGGCAAAGCAGAGUCCGCCGAACCGCUACUGCUCGUGCUCCACGACCUCGUGCAGCUGCUGCCGGGAGUUCUCUCUGGCGGCGGUGCCGCUCCGGUCUCCAGGAUGUGUGGACCUGAGUUACUUGCAAGGAGACUCCAUGAUGGUGACUUUAAAAUUCGGAGAUCGUGUUGUCCACAACUCAACUAUUUCAGGCAAGAAGCCCAAGCCCGUGUGCAUGUCGCUGCCCGGCGGCCUGUCCAAGUUCUGCGGCCGCGUGUACGGCAUCUCGCGGCAGGGCGACGACUUCACGGCCUGCCUGGGCCUCGAGCUGCGGGCGCUGGACGAGGUGGAGGCGGCGCUCAGGGUGUCCUGCUUCCGGUUCGGCCCGCAGGGCAUGCAACUGGAGCCCGCCGCGCCCCUCCCCGCCUCCAGCGACGAGGACGACGAGGAUGAUGAUGACGUCUUCGGGCUGGGCGGCGACGACGACGACGACGACGAUGACGACGACGAUGACGACGACGACGACGACGACCUCGGUCUGGGCGUGGAGGACGACGACGAUGACGAAGAAGAAGAUGACGAAGAGGAGGAGGACGCGUCGGACAACGACGUGUCGCCGGACUACUCGGCCUUCAGCGUGUUCAGCGGCGACCUGCUGGGCGACAUCUUCGGCUCGGAGACGCCCAGCAAGAAGAAGGCGAAGCCGCAGCAGGCGGCGGCGGCGGCGCCCCUCGCGAACAAGCUGACCGUCACGGCCAAGCCCGCCAGGAGGAAGCCCGUGAGGGCCAGCCCCGCGAAACGCAACUCGACCGCCGCGACCCCGGUCACCGCGGAGAAAACAACCUCCACCACCGCCGCCGCCGCCACGACAGUCACAGUCACGACAGCCGCGCCGGCCCUCACGAAGCCCACGAGACCCGCCGUCAAGGUGAGCACGACGAGGAAACCCCCUAGGAGAGAACCGACGACGUCGCGGCGUCCUACCACCCGUCCUUCCACCACGACGCCCAAGAGCAAGUUCUCCAAGCGCACCACCACGACGAGCGUCCCGCAGAGGACGUCGUCGGCGACGACGGGAACACCCCACAAGGUGGUCACCCACGAGAAACUGCAGGCGAGCUCCACGACGCCUCCUAGCUCCCCGGCGACCCUCGAGAAACUCCAGCAGGUUCCUUCGACGACCAGCAGCGCGCAGGACGAGCAGCCCGUCACGUCGACCGCCAUCACCAUCACCGUGGUGGAGUCGGGCGUGAGCCACGUGAUCCACCAGAGCCCGGAGAAGCAGCAGCAGCAGCAGUCGCCGUCAGCCGCCGACGAGGAGGCCCGCCCAGGCGUCUCCAUCACGCUGCCGACCAUCGUCCUGAACCAGGUGGACUCCUCCGAGGUGGAGGACGACGACGACGAAGAAGACGACGUCGACGAAGAGGACGAUGGGGAGAGCCUGAUGGACGCCCUCGAUGGCGACGAGGAGGAAGAAGAGGCUGAAGCGGACAACGAAACCAGCUCCGACACGGAGGAUAUCUCGGGCAAGCGCCGACCGGCGGACGCAGUAAACGACAAGGAGGACGACGAGGAAGACGACGACGUAGAUGACGACGACGAGGAAGAAGACGAUGACGAAGAAGACAAUUACGGCGACGAAAAAAAACGCCAAUCUCCUAGGCUGAAAACCAGCCGAAUGCAUAGGCGAAUGAGGUUAUAAGAAAUGAUAAAAUUAUCAUUUGUGCUCUUUCAUCACGAAUGCUAGGUUUGGAGACAUUCUUUCCAUUGCUGCCACUCAGACGAAUAAGAAAAGAGAAAGAAAUACAUAUUUCAGUGGUAGAAGUUACUGAACUUUAGUAUCAACAAUGCAAUGAUUGGUUUUUUUCUGCGUGCUGUAAAACAGUUUUGUGAUGGUAUCUCCAAACCAUCAUAUAAGUGUAAGCAUAGGCGUUGCAAGUAUACAAUUUUAGUUCCCUCAAAUAUGAUAUUUUUUAAAGUGCCUUACACAAAAACUUUGAUUAACCUUUGAAAGUAUCUUUUAGUUUGCGGUAUUGUUUUUACUCUUAUGCAGACACAUAUUUAUUAAUGAUUAAUUAUUUAUAUGUAAGUUACAAAGUACUGAGAAAUUAUACUUACCAGUUUGCCAGUUUUUUUAUGAUGAGAACAACUUUUUGUAUGGUUAUAUUUUUGAAUUUUUUUUUGAAAAUUUUUAUGAGUAAUUACUAGUUUUACUAUGUCAAAAAUAUUUCAAAGUGUUCUUAUGGGCUUGAAACUAGUGUUUAUCUAAUGUAAAAAUACGUAUGACGUCCAGGGAAAUGCUUCCAUAUCUGAGAGCGUGUAUUAAUAUAGAAAUGAAAACAUUCGCUGUCGUCACUGUUAACUUUGACAAAUAUCACGUAAGUCUAUAGAAAAACUUCUGUGUUCACUUUAAGCGUGUUGCUUAGGUUUUCAAUAUACAAUUCUGAUUAACAAAUUUCAAGAAAAACUGAAUCUUGGUCAAAAUUGAACUAAUCACAUUGGUGAUGGUUGUAAUAUAAUAUCACAAUUUUACUUAAAAUAUGAAAAUGAUAUAAUACUAAAAAAAAACAAUGAAGUAUUAAGUUAACGAUAUAUGGCCAAUCUUAAUCAAAAUUUCAUUAAAAUUUCAUCCAUUGCAGUUCUAGAGCAUAAGUUUUUGAGGUAUCCUAGCUUAGGAAACUAAACAAUUCAACAAAAGGGAAAAUAUCGUCACCCAAAUAGUAGCAUUUGAAACAUUUCGGAGACCGAUAGUUAUUAAUUCGUUCUCACUGCCAAAAAACCUUUCAGAAAAUUUUACUUCGCAAAAUAUUUCUUUAGAGAUUACGUUCAGAAGAUCGGAUCUGUUAAGAUUGAAACUGAUCGCAUGCUAGCGUUGUGACAUCAUAAUUUAAAAAUUAAAAAAAGUUAUUUCAGAAAAUAAUUCUUCCUCAAGAGACCAGGGGGUUGGCCGGUUACGUCAGACAUGACUGAUAGCUGACGAGUACUGGGUCGGUACCCAAAAUACUCAAAUACUUAAAUAUUCUUAAACGUUAGUUCGACUUCAGCCGUUUUGAACAUUAGUAAACGACGUAAACAAAAGUUUUCACAAUUUUUGUUAUUAACUAAACCAUUUCAUUAACUAACGACAAUCUUUCAUAAGCUGCAACAAAGUAGUUUCAGACGCAAACAAGAUCAUAAUAUUGUGACAAUAGCGGUGUUGUGAUACAACUUUUAUUUUUCCAAUUAAAAUCUUAUUUUUACUAUACUUUGCAAUAUAUGAAAGCAAGGAAAUAUAUUUUUUUUUGUCAUUUUUCUAAAUAUUUCCAGACUUCCAGUGUUUCUGAACACGAACAGUGCCAAAGCUCUUUACAUCCAAGUAUUCUUCAUAUGUAGUAUUGAUGGAACAUUGUAAACAUAAUUUAAGUGAACAAUGUUAUGGGAAAAAAAUGAAAGCAGUGUUUUAAUUAACCUUAGAGCAAGCCUAUGUAUGAAAUGUUAUUUCCUGAUGUAUGUUUUUUAUAUUUGUACAAAUGUUUGUGAAAAUGUUUUAAUUUAUUUUAAUUUAUAUUUUAUUCAUUUUUUUAUAAAUGUAUGUGAAAAUAAAAUAUAUUUAUUUA